UAUGUAACAUACUAAAUACUUUGUCAGAUUAUUUUCAUUUACUACAUCCAAAAGUUUGAUGUGUUACUGGUCAUGAUAUUACAUUUUUAUACGCAGACCUAUAUUGUUUACAUUGCGGAAGGAUUAAGUCGCAAGAAGGCGCACGUGGCGACAGAAACAUGGCGCAGGCGUCGUCUGUCGGACUGCAGUCCCGACUGACUGCAAGUUCUUAUCUCCCAGCCAUCCCUCCAAAGGUUCCAAAAGAAUCUUCGUCCUACCCUAGGUACGUUCAUAACGCUCCAUACUCGGCUCUCAGUGGAAUCGUGGUGGACGGGCGGGUACCUGUUCGGCACCUUGUGUUUCCGAGAUGUCGUGAGCGGCAUCAGGUGGGCAUGACCAACAGGUGGCGUCUUCCAGACUCCCUGUACAGUGACUUGCUGGGCAACUCUCAGGCACUGAAGGCAGUCGACAUGCCCUAUAACUCGACCCUCGUCAGCCUUAUUACGGCCGAGAGUCCUAAACUGAGCUCAAAUCUGGAAGUCAAUGUCCCCUACACUUUCCGCCGCUCCUCUGACCGCCCACUGACCACAUCUCGUGUCACGCCGUCCUCUCGACGGUCUGCCUCCAAACUUCUACUUAGUACGACUGUACCGCAAGUUCGUUUCGAGUCGAAAAGCCUCUCACUGCAAGCUAAGGAUCCAGUGAAAGCAUCGAAAUCUUUGCAUACACACUAUAGUACGCCCAGGGACAUCUUCCUGUACCACACGAGAAAGAGCACGAGUUUUGCUGGUCCAGAUGUCCUGCUCAACUGCCUGGAUGUGGAGUGGGAUCUUUACCGACCAUUUAUGCAGAAAGCUGAGGUCCUAGCCCAACUGCUCAGAGAAGCCGAGGAUCCCAACGUACACAAAUGUUCCACCCAGCCCUCUGAUGGACCUCAAACUCUCGACUCUUACAUUUAUCAGAGCAAGGCCGAAGGCGGCGAAGGCAAGGAGCGAGACAGCCACCUCCGAGCUUCCACAGUAAAACAUUCACAUAAGAAGGAGAGGGUAAACGCUCUCGACAGCACGACUCGAACAUCCCCGAGGCGACAGGGCAGCUUCACCUUCCUCAAACUUGACAUUGACGAUCCGAUGGUGACUAAACGAGCUAUGGCUGUCGCGCUUGGGAACCUGUACCAUGGUGACCUGGAGGUGGAAGUAGAAGAUGCAGCAAGUGUUCUGGCAGCUGCUGCGGCGAUUGGCUUCGGACCGCUGAUGGAGUGGUGCACAGAGGUCAUGCUGUCGUCCAUUGCCUGCCACAAUGUCUGCCGCUAUCACCUGGCCGCCUCAAAGUACCAGAAGCAGCAAUUGGUACAGGCUUGCGAACGCUGGCUUGAAAUGAACCUCAUUCCGAAACUAUCCACGCACAUGCAUCUAAAAGAGAUGAGCAUGGAUCUCUUACAGAAGAUCCUCAAAUCCAACAGGCUUUUUGUGUACAACGAGUACAGCGUGUACAGGACUCUUGUCGUCUGGCUCUUUCUUCAGAUCAACCCGGAAGUGCAGCUCCUGCCAUCACAUAGUACUGUUACGGCGUUCUUUAACAGUCUGCCGAAGACGUGCUCUUUUCUGGAGACCGAGGAGGGUCAGACCUUCUUUCACUUAUUCCAGAUACUGAGACUGCACAGUGUUACUGACUCCAGUGACAUCCAUGACAUACUGAUCAUGAACAUAGUUCCAGAGAAAUGGAUUCUCACCAUUCUGUCAGAACAUUACCACGCGUUGCAGAGAGGAGGCGACAUGAAAGCUCUGAGAGAGUUCCACAGUGGGGCAGUUCGUCACGGCUUCAUCAUAGACGAUGAACCCCACUAUCACUCAGAAGUGAUUUCUUUGCACGGUUUUCACUUCGAAUUGAAGGCGUUGGUAGAGGACCCCACUAGCAACACAUAUGUCGUCUUCCUUGAGCGGCUGAAGCCAGGGGAUCCUAUUCUCAGUUUCCGCCAGUGCGAGCGCCAGACGUUUUCCAUGCGAUCCGAGCGCGAGGUGCGUUAUAGCUUGACCAUGCAAUACAUGCAGAAUCAGGACACGCACACGGUCACCACGGGCAUGCUGACCCACAAGUUCGGUCUGGGAGAGAAAACCUGCCGCAGCGAGAUCUUGUCUUUCUCUGGAAUACCGAAGCCCAUGUAUGUGUCGGCGGCUCUGCUUUUCCCGCCAUCAUAAAGUCGACAUCUUGUGCCGUCCGCGUCCAUGAACUUUGACGUUCUCCUGGCCUGACGCAGCGGGACGCAGUGUUGUGUGGAAGUGUAGUUUACAGACAUUUAUCACAUCCUGGGGCAAGGUUUCUUGCAACAGCUGAAGUCAAUAGUUAUAAUGACAUUAGCUUCGGGUGUGCUAGUUUCCCGACAACAAAGACGUGCGUCUCCAUUAUUUUUUUAUUUCCAUAGUUUAUUGCUCUCGGAUGUUGUUCACCGCUGUGGAGAAGUCCUUUUCUCUCAAAGCUGUGAGAUAUUGGACUGAGACAUCAAAUAAUAGUUUUUCCCCCACUGUCUUUAUUCAGAAAGCAUUGCGCAGGGAUGAUAACCUCUCCUGUGUGACUGUUUCUGCGCUUCUGUGACACGGCAAAGCGGGUCUCUAAUAAAUUAAAAUUUUGAUUAUUACGAAGUGAGGAUUAGGUGUGAACUAUGAAGGAGAUUAUAGUGGACCGCUUUAAGCAAUACCUUUCUCUGCAUCUAUAAUAAUAAUAACUGUAUAGUGAUUUACAAUUGCUUGUUUCCUGAGACAGCAACGAUUUAUGUCAAUAAGAAUUAUGUCAGAAUUAUUAUUACUAAACUUUGUCCACCAAACUGUACAUCCAUCCAUCUCUCUUUCUUCCCUUUUUGAGAAAAGUGAUCAAGUGUAUUAGCUGAUUAGCAGUUGUUUGAGAUUUCACAAAUCUCUCAGUCCAUGAUCUGUGCAAACAAACGAAACCAAGCCGAAAGACAUUAGGUAGGCAUCUUUAUGGCUACACAGCCGUAAUAAACAUGUCGCAUGUGAAUGAUAGUAACACUGAAACGUUUUCUCACAGAGCUGACAGCCCCGUCGCUUAUUAGGGUGUACAAAAUAUUGAAUGUAUAUCCUGUGGGACAGAAAGCAAAUUUAAUGGCUGAGUGAAUUUUGUGUGUGUGUGUGUGACAAAAGUGCUGUGAAGAGAACAGUGCGUUUGUGAGUUAGACAAAAAAAGCUGCAAACUAAUAAUAAUAUUAUUAUACGCCUAUAUUAGAUUUUGUGAACAUUUGGAUUUCAUUAAUUAUCAGUGUACCUGCCAAAAAAUGUAAAAAACAUUAACAUCAGCAAAUCUUU